AUGGGUAAGCCCUUAAACUUUGUUCCUCCUUCUGUACCAGCUGGCAAGCCACUAGUGCCUUUGGUUGAGGAUGAUUUUAAAUCUCUAGAGGAUUAUUGGAGUAACGCUAUCAUUGGAUAUGUAAUUGGGUAUAUUCCAUAUGAGAAAUCUAUGGAUAACUAUGUUACCUACGUUUGGAAUUUUGUAGUCAAACCCCAAAUCAUGUACUAUGAUAAUGGCUACUAUAUGUUCAGAUUUUGGACUAAAGAGGACCGCGACCUAAUUCUUCAAUCUGGACCUUACACUUACAAUAGCAAACCCCUAAUUCUAAAGCAAUGGGAGAUGAAUUUUAGAUUUGACCAUGGGAGUAUGAAUGUAAUUCCCUUGUGGGUUAAAUUUCCUCGACUCCCAGUAGGCUAUUGGUUUGUUAAAGCUCUUAGCAAGCUAGCAAGUGUAGGGGGCAAGCCUCUUUACACUUAUAAGUACACUGCAAAUCUUAAGAAAGUUUCUUAUGCUCGACCGCUAAUGGAAACUGAUAUAUCUAAACCCCUUCCAGAAUUUGUUGACAUUCAUACACCUGAGGGAGAAUUACAUCAGAGUAUCGAGUACGAUUGGAGGCCAUAG